GAGGUCUUUACCCGGAAGUGCACUGCACAAACAGCACUGCGCGUGCCAGACAGCUGACCAGUCACGUGACUCUGUGGCCAGGCUGAGAACAUGGCAGUAGCAGCAGGGAAGGCAGUGUACUGGUUGGGGAAGGACACUCUGAAGGUGUCGGCUGCGUUGUUCGCCGAGAACCGGCGUCGUCUUUGUGAGGCUCUAAAGGCCAAAGACACGCUGCAGCCCAAAUCUGUGGUUGUGCUGCAGGGAGGAGAACAGAAACAGAGAUACUGCACCGACACGGACGAGCUCUUCAGACAGGAGUCUUUCUUCCACUGGACGUUCGGCGUGACUGAGGCCGACUGCUACGGUGCCAUCGAUGUCGACUCGGGCAGGUCGAUCCUCUUCGUGCCAAAGCUGCCUGAAAGCUACGCCACCUGGAUGGGAAAGAUCCACCCACCGGAACACUUCAAGGAGAAGUACUCAGUGGAUGAAGUGCACUACACCUGUGAUAUCGCUGAGAUCCUCACCAACAUGAAACCAUCCGUCCUGCUCACGCUGCGAGGUUUGAACACUGACAGUGGCAGUACCAGCCGUGAAGCCUCCUUUGAAGGAAUCAGCCGCUUCCAAGUGAACAACACGCUCCUGCAUCCCGUUAUCGUGGAAUGUCGUCUGAUUAAGACAGAUAUGGAGUUGGAGGUUCUGCGCUACACUAACCGCAUUUCCAGUGAAGCUCACAAAGAGAUAAUGAAGCACAUCAAGCCCGGCCACAAAGAAUACGAAAUGGAAAGUCUCUUUCAGCACUACUGCUACUCACGUGGAGGGAUGCGUCACACCUCGUACACCUGCAUCUGUGGAAGCGGCAACAACUCCUCCAUCCUGCACUACGGUCACGCCGGAGCUCCGAAUGACAAAACCAUCCAAGAUGGAGACAUGUGUCUGUUCGAUAUGGGUGGAGAAUAUUACUGCUCCAGCUCCGACAUCACCUGCUCCUUCCCCGCCAACGGCAAGUUCACUCCUGACCAGAAAGCUGUUUAUGAAGCCGUGCUGAAGUCGUCCCGCGCCGUCAUGGCCGCCAUCAAACCAGGUGUGAAAUGGACAGACAUGCACCGCCUGGCUGACCGGGUUCACCUGGAGGAACUGGUUAAGAUCGGAAUCCUGCACGGGAAUGUGGAGGACAUGCUGAAGGUCCACCUGGGUUCUGUGUUCAUGCCACAUGGACUGGGGCAUCUGCUGGGCAUCGACGUCCACGAUGUUGGAGGAUAUCCAGAGGGGGUGGAGCGCGUUGACGAGCCAGGUCUCCGUAGCUUGCGCAUGGGCCGUGUGGUUCAGGAACGCAUGGUGCUCACCGUCGAACCCGGCAUCUACUUCAUCCAUCACUUACUGGAUCAGGCCCUGGCCUCGCCACGGCAGUGUGCCUUCAUCAACGCCGAUGUGCUGGCUCGCUUCCGCAACUUCGGAGGGGUGCGUAUCGAGGACGACAUCGCAGUGACGGCAGACGGCAUGGAGCUGCUCACCUGCGUCCCACGUACCGUGGAAGAAAUCGAGGCCUUCAUGGCAGACGAGAGCGAGAAAUCCUUCAGCAGCCAGAAAGAUUAAACCAUCAUCACGAUCAUCAGCAGAAAUAUUCACAUUGCAGAUCUUUCACUCAUCUGCUUUUCACUAUUAUGUCCUCGUUUGAGUUUGAUUGAGUUAGAUUCUAUAACAGCAGUGCAUGUGCCAGCUUCUCAAAUCAUAACCAUCACUUACUCGGUUACAUUUAACUCAUAACACCUUUUUUUUUUUUGCGAUUAUUCAUUAAUUUCAGCUGGUGUUAAACUGAUGAAUCGCUCGUUAACAUCCGAUGAUGUGCCAGUUCCUUUCCUGAGGCAUUCUGUCCAUUUUUUCUACUCGAUACCUGAGCAGUACACUUUUUAUACAAUUACCUUUCUAACGUUUAAAGAGGAAGCGAUUCUCUGAAUUGUAUCUGAUGAUGAAGUGCAAGUUUCUAAACCAGUUUAUAUCCUGAACUUAUUGCAUGUACAUCCUUAAGAAUACCAAUCUGUUAGUAAUCAUUAUUUCACUCUGUAUCGGCUGUUCAGUUCUUGUUCUUGUAACUUUUGACUAUUGAAUGAAAAAAUAAAUUUGUUCUGCAUCUUCA